ACACGGCUCUGAGAGAGCAGAGGAUGAGGAUUCACUGACAGUCCGUGCAGAACACACAGUAAAUAAAAUGUGGAGCUUGCGCUAAACUGAAGAGACGCGUUUCAGUUUCAUUCCUUUAUCAUUCGGGGUAACGCUUCAAGAUCGCAAUGAAUGACAUUAAAGUUGCAGUUCUGGGAUCCGAGGGUGUCGGAAAAUCAGCACUUAUUGUGAGAUUUCUAACCAGGCGCUUCAUUGGUGAAUAUGCAUCAUCAUCAGAGUGCAUUUACAGAAAGCGCAUGUCCAUUGAUGCAAGACAGCUUAAUCUAGAACUGCAUGACCCCUGUUCUCAGCCAUGCGAUGGAAAGUCGACUCUUAAUGAGCAGAUCCACUGGGCCGAUGGCUUUGUGGUUGUUUAUGACAUCAGCGAUCGUUCCUCCUUCCUCACGGCCAAAGCUAUCGUUCACCUGAUCCGUGAGCUUCACCUGGGAGCCACUAAAAGGGAUUCAGACUCUGUGAUUUUCCUGGUGGGCAAUAAGCAAGACUUGUGCCACAUGCGUGAGGUGGACAGGGAAGAGGGCCAGAAGCUGGCAUCUGAGGGCCGCUGUCAGUUUUACGAGCUCUCCGCUGCCGAACAUUACCAGGAAGUGCUGCUCAUGUUCUCAAAGAUUGUGCGCAAUGCCAGUCUGGGAAGCAAAGCCAAGGAGCGCCGCCGUCGACCCAGCGGCUCAAAAUCCAUGGCCAAACUCAUCAACAACGUCUUCGGAAAACGACGGAAAUCUGUUUGAGGAAAGAAUACUUGGACAAUUGUUGUUGGACUGACGUAUGAGAUGUGUCACAUUUGUUUAUGUUUCCUCACUGCUUGUUAAUGUCUUGGUCACUACUGGGUGAAACUCACAUAUUUGGACAUAUUUCACCCAAAAGUCCAACAAAAUGUGCAUCGACUAAAUAAAAUGAAGCCUGUUUUUAGGAUAUUUUGCAUUGCAACAAUAUUUUAUUUACAGUUAAGUACAUUUACCUCAUAAAAGCUUGAUACUGUGAUAAAAAAAAAUUAUAUACAUAUUAUAUUUUGUUUAAUGUUUCAUCAUAGUAUGAUGAUGUAGAAUUGACUCAAUUCAAAUAUCUAGAGUCUUGUUUUGUUUUGUGUGUUCUGUUUUUUGCAUUGCAAUAGGAACAUGCUGUCUGUUGUUGUUGUUAAUAAUAGUGUAACAAUGCAACACAAUUCAAAUGGGCUUCUUUUUAUUUAUAAAAAAUAUAAUAUUUUUAAUGUAAUGACAUGUAAUUAGAUAGUUCACCCUAUAAUGAAAAUGUACCCACUCUCAAGUAGUUAAAAAUCUUCAGGAGUUUCUUUCAUCUAUUGGACACAAAAGAAGGUAUUGUGAAGAAUGGUUUACAAAAAAAAAAAAAAAAA